AUGAAGUUCCAAAGCACCUCCGCGGCUGCAGCUUUGCUGCUGGGCCAGGCUUUCGCCUAUCCUCUCCCUUCUUCCAACCUGCUCCGCCGAGAGGUUCCCCAGGAGCAUUCCCACGAUCUUUUCCUUACCAUUACAAACGAAGCUCUGGCCAAGAACAACCCCAAGGGCAUCACCGAUGCCGUCUUUGGCCUGCUUGGUAAUGCGGCGGCUGCAGGUGGUGCUGGAAGUGUAACCAACUUGGACUGCCUCAAGCAAGAGACUGCUGAUCAGGCUUUCACCAAUGGCAAGGCUGCUAAAGAUAUUCGACUCAUGGCUGGUGCAUUGGUGUACCAGGCCCUGGAGAGAAAUACUGGCAAAGUCGGACUCGCCAGUGUUACUUGCACUGAGCAAGCUGUGAAUCCCGAAAUCGAAGCCGUAAAGCCCCAUCAAGACCCGGCAUCCGCCAAUGCUGCUUCCAUAAACAAGGGUAUUACUCUUGAGUUGGCGAAGCAGCUCAAGGCCAUCGGAGCAGAUCCCAACCUUGCCCUCUUGAGUGGCACUUUUGCCCCGGGCGAUCUUAACGAUGCCACAGCCAAGGGCAACACCUGUGACGAUCCUGACCCCCAGCUUGGAUGUAUCUUCACAACGGGCAAGCUUGUUCUCGACGCUAGCCAGGACGAAGUUGCAUCGGCUGUUUCCGCUGUGUCUCAGACAUUUACCGGCACUGGCGGUAUUCAAGCCACAGACUUGGUCGACUUGAGCAAGUUCUCCAUCGCCGAUGUUCAAGGAGGCGCCGCUGCUCCAACAGACAACAGCAAUGCUGCGACAACCUCUCAGGCAGUUGCUCAAGCAACUCCCCCACCGGCUGCUCAGGCAUCUUCCACCCAAGCUGCUGCCUCUACUCAAACUCAAGCCCCUUCUACAGCCAGCGGAAACAACGUUCAGACCUUCACCGGCUCUCUUGGCGGCCCUGCCCCGCCUGUCGUUUCAGGCACUGGAAACCGACCAUUCUCCGUUAAUGGAAAUACCUUUGUCAACAUUGGAGCCGCUCUUGGACGGUCUUGUGAUAUUCAGCACAACGCCUGUGCUGAUGCUGCCAACUCUGGUCAGCUGUCCGGAGGCGUAAGCCAAUGUGAGGAACAGAACACUCAGUGCAAGGCCGCCGCGUCUGGUGCUUCCAACACCAACACCAACACCAACAACACAAGUGAUAACACCAGCAACGGUGGAGCGAACGACGCUGCCGGUGGUAACAACGCCGAUAGCGGUAACACCGGCAAUGGAAACGCAGGAAGCAGUGCUGCUACGGGCGAUUUCGGCUCGUGCUCUGACCCUAGCAUCAAGUUCGCCAACGGACUUGACGGCCGCACUGAACCUGCCUUUGCCCCCGUCAACGAAGCUGACUUUCAGCAUGGCUCGGCUCUAGCUAUCAAGGUUAUUUCCGACUUCAUCUGUGACCGACUCAACUCUAGCUGCAAGGCUAGUGCUGCGGUGGUUUCCACAUGCCAAAGUGCUUCUGCUGCUGCGUCCCAACUGACGGGCCAGGCUGCAGCCGAUGCUUUCAACAAAGCUCUGGGAGUGUAA